AUGGAUGAUGCUACGGCACGAGACAGCCCCACUCACAGAGGCGCUCAGAGUCAGACGGAGAGCAGCCAGGGAGGAGGUCAACAGGUGCCCAGUGGAGUGCAGUCCUUCAGCGACAGUUCAGUGAGGCUCAAGGCGAUGACCAUUCUGCGCUUGUGGAGGGCCCGGUGCUGGUGGGUCCUGCUCUGUGCCCUGUCAGGAUGUGGUUUCGGUGACGAGCAGCCAGAGGCGCCCGCUCCUGAGCAGGGAGUCACCUUCAGCCAUGUCUAUAAAAUCGACAUCCCAGCGAUGGGUUCCUCUUGUAAACUCGAGCCUCUAUCCACAGACGAUAAAACAGAUCUUCAAACAGGAACAACAACAACAGGAGACAAUGAUAUCAUUUUUAGACACAAUAUCAAGUUGCAGACGCCAAAGUGUGACUGCGAAGAAUCCGAGAGCUUUAAAUCACUGCUGUACCGGGUCAACGGGCUGGAAGAGGAGGUCAACUAUCUGAAGACCCAGUGUACUCAAGGCUGCUGUGGACAAGCUACAGGCGUUGACACCAGCUGCGGCGGCCACGGCACGUACCAGCACGACUCCUGCAGCUGUGUGUGCGACCCGGGCUGGGAGGGGCCCGACUGUUCCACGUCCACCUGCCCCGACGACUGCAACGACAACGGCCGCUGUGUGGACGGGAAGUGCGUGUGUCUCCAGGGAUACACGGGCCACGACUGCAGCGAGGCCGCCUGUCCAGACAACUGCAACGACAAAGGCCAGUGCGUGGACGGCAAGUGCGUGUGCUUCCCCCACUUCAGCGGAGAAGACUGCAGCGUCCAGCGGUGCCCCAACGACUGCAUCGGCAACGGGAAGUGUGUGGACGGGAAGUGCGUCUGUGAUGAGGGAUUCUUUGGAGAUGACUGCUCCCUCGUGAUGGCUCCUCAGGGCUUACGUCUGGUCACUGUGACAGACGUGUCUCUGCUGGUGGAGUGGGAACACGUACGAGGAGCAGAGUACUACGUCCUGACACACCACCCCAAAGGCGACGAGGGCGCUCUCAAACAGGUCCAAAUUCCCAACACGGAGAACUCACACCUCCUCACGGGACUAACUCCUGGGGUCACCUACAUCGUCCAAGUUUAUGCCGUCAUUAAAGAAGUCCAGAGUGAAGCAGACAAGAUAGAGGCCACAACUGAUGUUUCAAGCCUCGAUGACCUGCGGGUUGUUGGUCAGAGCGAUGUGACCAUAGAAGUAGACUGGCAAAACCCGGCGGCCCCAGUGGAGGCCUUCAGGCUCUCGCACACAAGCCCAUCAGGACAGAAGGAGGAGCUGGACGUGCAGCGCAGUCAAGAGGCCCGCACCAAGCACACGAUCGUGGGUCUUUAUCCAGGAACUGAAUAUUUGAUUUCCGUGAGUGCUGUGAAUGGAGCUAAUGAGGGAAAGGCGUCUAAAACGACUGGGGUCACAGACCUGGACGCUCCUGUGGGCCUGGUGACCACAGAGGUGACGGAGGACACGGCCUCGGUUACAUGGGAGCUCGUGAAGGCGGAGGUGGAAGGAUACAUGCUGAGCUAUGAGACGAGCGAGGGCACCAGUCCAGAGUAUGCUGUGGGUCGUGACGACACCUCAUACAAGCUGAUCGGUCUGAAGCCCGGGGUCCUGCACACGGUCUCCAUCUGGGCCUUCAGAGGGGACAGGGUCAGCCCCAAGACAUCCACACAGGCAGAGACAGAACUAGAUGCUCCCAACCUCUCCAUUCAAGACACCACUGAGUCCAGCUUUGUCGUUAGUUGGGUCCCUCCUCAAGCAGAGAUAGAUGGCUACAGGUUAACCCACAGCUCCUCUGAGGGCACUAGUGAGGAAAUCCCUCUCAAACCUGACCAAAGCUCUCACAAGCUGACUGGUCUGAGGCCUGGAGUCCAGUACACUGUGCACGUGUGGGCCGUCAGGGGGAGUAGAGCCAGCAGGAAGACCUCCACUCAGGCUGAAACAGACCUGGACGCUCCAGCUAACCUUGUAGCUCGAGACACCACUGAGUCCAGCUUCAGUGUGUCUUGGGAUACGGUCCGAGCAGAGAUAGAUGGCUACAGGUUAACCCACAGCUCCUCUGAGGGCACUAGUGAGGAAAUCCCUCUCAAACCUGACCAAAACUCUCACAAGCUGACUGGUCUGAGGCCUGGAGUCCAGUACACUGUGCACGUGUGGGCCGUCAGGGGGAGUAGAGCCAGCAGGAAGACCUCCACUCAGGCUGAAACAGAUAUUGACGCUCCCAAAGACCUGAAGGCUGUAGAUGUGACUAUGAACAUUGCCACAGUGACCUGGGUCUCUCCUCUGGCUGACAUUCAGGGAUACAUCCUCACAUACAGAGAUGAGGAGGGUAAAAUGCAGACUGUUGAAAAGAAACUUGGAGCCAGACAUAAAAAACUUGCAUUGUCUGGUCUGGAAAUGGGAAAGAAAUACAUUGUGUCCAUCAUUGCUUACAAAGGCAACAAGAGAAGCAAAGUGGUUGAGACUGUCUUCAAAACAGUGGGCAUCAUGUAUCCUUUCCCCAUGGACUGCUCCCAGAUCAUGAAGAACGGUAUCACAAAGAGCGGAAUCUACAACAUUUACAUCAACAAUGACCAAUCCAGACCCAUCGAGGUUUACUGCGACAUGGACACAGACGGAGGAGGCUGGCUAGUGUUGCAGAGGCGUACUAUUGGCAAGCUGGACUUCAUGAAGCGCUGGAAACAGUACAUCGCUGGCUUUGGCAACUUGACAGAGGAGUUCUGGCUUGGUUUGGAGAAGAUUUACGAUCUCACUAACACUCCUACUCAGUACGAGAUAAGAUUCGACUUAGGCUAUGGCUCGGAGAGGGUCUAUGCUGUUUAUGACAACUUCAAGAUUGCACCAGUCAAGCAGAAGUUCAAACUUACCAUUGGCAAAUAUAGUGGGACAGCAGGCGAUGCUAUGACCUACCAUCAGGGCCGGCCCUGGACCACAGUGGACAAUGACAACGACAUCGCCCUCGGCAACUGUGCGCUGACUCACCGCGGCGCCUGGUGGUACAAGAACUGUCACCUGGCAAACCUCAACGGCAAGUGGGGAGAUACCAGGCACAGCACGGGAGUGAACUGGGAGCCCUGGAAAGGCCACCUGGAUUCUCUGGACUUCACCGAGAUGAAGAUCCGACCGUUGGGAGCGAUGGCUAGCAGGAAGCGGAGGUCACUGCUGAAGAACAGGAGCACAACUGUGGAGGAGGUUUAA